GCUUCGCCGUCUUCUCCAAGGGUUUCAGCCACCACCACACAGAGAAAGAGAAACAGCGAAAAUGCCGGCGGGUCACGGAGUGAGGGCGAGAACCAGGGAUCUGUUCGCGAGAGGGUUCAGGAAGAAGGGUGUUAUCCCACUCUCUACCUACCUCAGGACCUUCAAAGUCGGAGAUUACGUGGAUGUGAAGGUUAAUGGAGCUAUCCACAAAGGUAUGCCUCACAAGUUCUACCAUGGUCGUACUGGUCGCGUCUGGAACGUUACUAAGCGAGCCGUUGGUGUCGAAGUCAACAAGCAGAUUGGUAACAGAAUCAUAAGGAAGAGGUUGCAUGUGCGUGUGGAGCACGUGCAGCAGUCAAGGUGUGCUGAGGAGUUUAAACUAAGGAAGAAGAAUAACGAUGUGCUCAAGGCUGCAGCCAAAGCCAGAGGGGAGACAAUCAGCACCAAGAGACAGCCUAAAGGUCCCAAGCCUGGUUUCAUGGUCGAGGGUAUGACAUUGGAGACGGUCACUCCUAUCCCUUACGAUGUUGUCAACGAUCUCAAGGGUGGCUACUAAAUUUUCCAUUUUUGCUCUUUAUCUGCUCAAGAGUUUUUUGCAGUUUAUCUUUUGAACCAAGACUGAUUUUUAUAUGGUAUGGAGAUGUAGUUCAGAUGGUUAUUAAGUGAUCAUUUUGCAUAAUCA